CGUAAACCUAUAUAGGCGUACGGUACUGUCAAUCGAAAACCAAUUAUUCGCACAAGUGGGAAAAUAGAAACGAAAAAAGAGAGGGAAAGAGACGAGUCUAGGUCUUCUCCGGUCACUUGCCGGCAGUUAAUCUUCGCCGGAGUUUGAGCAAGCUAAGUGUAUCAGAAUGUACAUAAAACAGGUCAUAAUCGAAGGGUUUAAGAGCUAUAAAGAACAAGUUGCUACUGAAGACUUCAGUCCCAAAGUUAAUUGUGUUGUUGGUGCAAAUGGAUCUGGGAAGUCGAAUUUUUUCCAUGCAAUCCGUUUUGUUAUAAGUGACCUUUUUCAUAACCUGCGCAAUGAAGAUAGGCAUGCCUUCCUUCAUGAAGGAGCAGGACACCAAGUUCUAUCAGCGUUUGUUGAGAUUGUUUUUGACAACUCAGACAAUCGUAUUCCGGUUGAUAAAGAGGAGGUGCGCCUGCGGAGGACAAUUGGUACUAAAAAAGAUGAAUAUUUUUUGGAUGGGAAGCAUAUAACGAAAACUGAAGUUAUGAAUUUGUUGGAAAGUGCGGGGUUCUCCCGUUCUAAUCCAUAUUAUGUUGUGCAACAGGGGAAGAUAGCGUCAUUGACCUUGAUGAAAGAUUCAGAACGACUUGAUCUACUGAAGGAAAUUGGUGGUACUCGAGUUUAUGAAGAGCGCCGCCGUGAAAGCUUGAAAAUCAUGCAAGAAACUGGAAAUAAGAGAAAUCAGAUAAUUCAAGUUGUGCAAUACCUGGAUGAGAGGUUGAGAGAGUUAGAUGAAGAGAAAGCAGAGUUGAAGAAGUAUCAGCAGCUUGACAAGCAGAGAAAGUCUCUAGAGUACACCAUUUAUGAUAAAGAAGUUAAUGACGCACGUCGUGAAUUGGCUGAGGUGGAUGAGGAGCGAAAUGCGAUUUCUGAGGAAUUAAUAAGAAAGUAUAAUACGUCGGUAGAGGAAGAGGAAGAAGUGAAGAAAUUAGACAAGUUAUACAAAGAUAUCACUAGAGAGGUACAAGGUUUAAGCCGAGAAAAAGAGGCUAUAGAGAAGCAGCGCACAAAAGCUAUUAAAAGGCACACAGAAGUUGAGCUUGACGUCACAGACCUUGAGGAGAGAAUCAUGGCCAGUAGUAGAUCUAAGGAUGAAGCUGGAAAGCAACUUGAGGUUCUACGCAGAGAAAUUCAGCAAUCCACAGCUGAGCUAAACAAAAUCAAACCUUUGUACGAAGAACAAGUCCAAAAGGAGGAUGAAAUCACGAAAGGAAUUAUGUCAAAGGAAAAGCAGCUUAGCAUACUCUAUCAGAAACAAGGGCGUGCGACCCAGUUCCGUUCUAAAGCUGCACGCGAUGAAUGGCUUCAAAAAGAUAUUGAUAAGUAUGACAAAGUUCUGUCCUCAAAUGAGAAGCAGGAAAAUCUACUCAAGGAUGAAAUUGCUAAGCUUGAAAGAGAUUUGGCAGCACAAACUGAACAUGUCAAAGUUCGUGAAGCAGAGAUAGCUAAUUUAGAAGGUCGUAUAUCAGGUUAUCGCAUGGGUUUCAAUCAGCAUAAGGCGAAGAGAGACGAGCUUCAUGAUAAGCGAAAGUCUUUGUGGGGGACAGAAAGUGAACUUAAUGCUGAAAUUGAGCGCCUUAAAGCAGAAGUUGUGAAGGCAGAAAAAGCCUUAGAUCAUGCUACUCCUGGGGACAUAAGAAGGGGGAUCAGUUGUAUCCGGAGAAUCUGCAGGGACUACAACAUAUCUGGAGUGUAUGGUUCAAUUAUAGAGUUGCUUGAAUGCGAUGAAAAUUUAUUUACUGCUGUUGAAGUCACUGCUGGAAACAGCUUAUUCCAUGUGGUGGUUGAAAAUGAUGAGAUAUCAACCCAAGUUAUUCGACACCUUAAUGCAGAGAAAGGUGGUAGAGUUACAUUUAUACCCCUUAAUAGGGUUAAGGCUCCUCAUGUCAGUUAUCCAAAAAGUUCUGAUGUGAUACCUCUUCUUAAGAAACUAAAAUAUUCCUCCAAUUAUGAUCAAGCAUUUGGCCAGGUUUUUGCUAGAACGGUGAUUUGUCGAGAUCUUGAUGUUGCUACCCGUGUUGCUCGCACUGAUGGUUUAGACUGCAUUACUGUUGAAGGUGAUCAGGUUAGCAAGAAAGGUGGUAUGACAGGUGGAUUUUAUGAUAAAAGGCGUUCAAAGCUAAAGUUUAUGAAUAUCAUUCGGCAAAAUGCCAUGGCAAUCACUGCAAAGGAAAAUGAACUCCAGAAUGUCAGAUCUGAACUUCAGACUAUAGAUAGGGAAAUUAAUGAAAUAAUUAGUGAGCAGCAGAGAGAUGAUGCUGUGCUGGCACACGAGAGAUCGGAACUUGAGCAACUUAAGCAAGAUGUUGCUAAUGCUAACAAGCACAUAAUGAACAUCUCUAAAGCUCUUGAGAAGAAGCUGAAGUUACUUGCAAACGUACAGACUCAAAUUGAUCAGGUCAAAGCUAAUAUUGCUAUGAAAAGAGAUGAGAUGGGAACAGAACUUGUUGAUCAUUUAACCCAGCAGGAAAGGGAGUCACUGUCGCGAUUAAAUCCUGAAAUAGCAGAGCUCAAAGAAGAGCUCGUUGCCUGCAGGGCAAACCGUGUAGAGACUGAAACAAGGAAAGCAGAGCUUGAGACGAAUCUAUCAACCAAUCUUGUUAGAAGGAAACAAGAACUGGAGGCAGUGAAACAGUCUCCAGAAACCGACAUGUUAAAUGGCGAAGCAGAAGCAAAGAGGCAGGAACUUCAAGAUGCAAAGAAAGCUGUUGAAGAAGUGAAACGGCAGCUUAAAAGAGUGUUAGAAAGCAUAGAAGAUCGAAACAAGGAACUUAAGAAAAUCAACAAAAAGAAGAGCGAAUUGAAGGCUCGUUUGGAGGAGUAUGAAAAGACCCGUCAAAAUGAAGAUAAAAGAGCAGAGCAACUUAUUAGCAGAAAAAACAUUUUACUUGCAAAGCAAGAAGAGUACUCCAAGAAAAUCAGAGAAUUGGGUCCAUUAUCAUCAGAUGCAUUUGAAAUGCACAAGAAGAAGAGCAUAAAGGAACUAUAUAAAAUGCUACACAAGUGCAACGAGCAAUUAAAGCAGUUUAGCCAUGUAAACAAGAAAGCACUUGAUCAGUAUGCAAACUUUACGGAUCAAAGGGAAGAACUCCAGAAACGACAACAGGAACUUGAUGCUGGUGAUGAGAAAAUCAAAGAACUUGUAUCAGUACUGGAUCAACGCAAGGACGAAUCUAUAGAGCGUACUUUCAAAGGUGUGGCUAAACAUUUUCGAGAUGUAUUUUCUGAACUUGUCCAAGGCGGUCAUGGAUUUCUGAUCAUGAUGAAGAAAAAGGAUGGUGAUCCCGCUGAUAAUGAUUAUGACGAUGAUGGGCCUCGGGUUGAUGCUGAGGGGCGUGUUGAAAAAUACAUCGGCGUGAAAGUCAAGGUUUCUUUCACUGGACAAGGGGAGACACAGUCCAUGAAGCAAUUGUCUGGAGGUCAGAAGACGGUGGUUGCAUUGGCGCUGAUAUUUGCCAUACAGCGAUGUGAUCCUGCUCCAUUUUACCUGUUUGAUGAGAUAGAUGCAGCACUAGACCCUCAGUAUCGGACUGCAGUUGGAAAUAUGGUUCGUCGUUUGGCAGAUAUGGCAAGCACACAGUUCAUUACAACAACCUUCCGACCUGAACUUGUGAAAGUUGCUGACAAGAUCUAUGGUGUGACUCACAAAAACCGGGUCAGUCAUGUAAAUGUUGUCACCAUGGAUGAAGCAUUGGAUUUCAUCGAGCAUGACCAAACCCAUAAUGCUGAAUGAGGUGCACAUGGUGUAGUGACUGAAGAUGGAGCACAGAGGAUUUGUGCUGUGAAUGAAGAAAAUGCAUAACUUUAGUAGACGGUAGGUUUAUAAAUUUAGUAUGAACUGGGUGUAACAUCCUGGUGUGUGUAAACAGGAAACUUGGAUUUCUUCACUGUAGUAUGCUAUUGUUUUAGUUGAUCUUGGGGCGUUUGAUGGUAUUGGAUAACUUUAAACCUAAGAUACUUGUGAUUGAAAAUUACCCUGACCACA